AAGUUUAUCACUCCCUUAUCUCUUUAGGUGGCUAUCUGUCCACAACAUAAACUGAAAAUACUCUAGAGAUCGUUCCUCUCUUUUUCCCUAUAAAAGCAUCUCCUCUCCGGACUCAAUGGACAACACAAGCAUCCUCUGUCGCUCAGCUGCCUCAGCUGCCUCUCUUUCAUUCACCAGCCUGUGAGCAUGGACAUGGACCCGCCUUUCCAUGAGAUCUACAACACCCUUUUGGACAACACCAUCCUCAAUAAAUCAGAAACCAAGACAAGUGUCGUCGUUGACGAAUGUGAGCUUCCGUUGAUCGAUCUUCGUCGUCUAAGCGUAGAUGAAUCUGAUGAGAAAGACAAGUGCAAGGAAGAAAUAACUAGGGCUUCACAGGAGUGGGGAUUCUUUCAGGUUGUGAAUCAUGGGAUUUCACGUGAGAUUUUGGAGAAGAUGAGAAGAGAACAAGUGAAGCUUUUUAAACAGUCUUUCGAUAAAAAGAGACAAGAAGACAAGUUCUUGAAUUUCUCUUCCGGAACUUACCGUUGGGGGACUCCUACAGCUACUUGCAUCAGUCAGUUGUCAUGGUCUGAAGCUUUUCACAUUCCUUUGACUGAUGUUUCUGCUUCCAAUGGUUUCACUAGUCUCAGUUCAACAAUGGAACAGUUUGCUACAAAAGUUGCAAAUCUAGCACAAAGAUUAGCUGAAAUUUUGGCAGAGAAAUUAGGAUGCAAGUCAACUUUCUUUGAAGAAAAUUGUGUACCAAGCACUUGCUAUCUUCGAUUCAAUCGAUACCCUCCAUGUCCAAUCCCAGCAGAUGUAUUUGGACUCACCCCACACACUGAUAGCGACUUCCUCACAAUUCUGCAUCAAGACCAAGUUGGAGGAUUGCAAUUAAUUAAAGCAGGGAAAUGGUUCGCUGUUAAACCUAACCCUGAAGCUCUAAUAGUAAAUGUGGGGGACUUGUUUCAGGCAUGGAGCAACGAUGUGUAUAAGAGCGUUGAACAUCGAGUUGUGACAAAUCCUCGAGUGGAAAGAUAUUCGACAGCAUAUUUCUUCUGUCCAUCUUAUGAUACAGAAAUACAAAGUUGGUGCGAGCCUUCAAUUUAUAAAAAGUUUAGCUUUAAAGAGUAUAGAGAGCAGGUGCACAAGGAUGUCCAAUUAUUAGGUCGCAAAGUAGGCCUUCCUAGAUUUCUUGUAUAAUUAAUUUUCAUUCACUCAACUGAUUUUUUUAGAAGGAGUUUGAGAAAGUGAAACUCGAAUAUUGAUUUAUCUAUAAAUUUUGUUAUUUUUUCUUUAUA